AAGAAGAAGAUUAGCUCAAUGUCUUCUCGACAUUUACGGAGAAAGACUGGCCACAGGAAAGCGGAAAACCCUGACGAGGCUGACGAAGAUGCUGUCCUUCUGCUGGUCAACCUGAGAGUGGUUUGGACUACGAGCACAUGAAGUUCAUCAUAAUUCGACUCGCGCACUUUCAUGCACUGGGUACUGCGCUGAGACAGAAGAAACCCAAGCUGUUCGAGGCUGCCAGGAAACCUAUGGAAGCUGUGCCGUUUAAUUUUCCAUUGGAGGAGUGUAACGAACUAAUAAAUCAGAUGAUUAAGUUGCUAUGUGCAGAUUCGCGUUUCAAGAAGUACGAGGAGCGUAUUAGACGAUCUUUCGAGGACAGCGCGGAGGCUUCUAUUCUUACUUCUUGAUGGAACAAGGCGGGCCGUGGAUAUCGAUCAUACACGGCGACUCUUGGAGCAGCAAUUUUCUCUUUCGUCACGAUAAAAACUCGGAUUUCUUUAUUUCUCCAUCCUGUACGUUAUGUAACUGAAGCAAAGAAACAAAUUUGCAGCUGAUGAUGGCAAGGUUGACGAUGUCAAAUUUGUUGGCUAUCAGGUGAGUAGGGUUUGCAAUCCGUUCAGGGACGUUCAGUAUUUAAUAGGCACAAGCACAGUAGUCCCGGCGUUAUCGCUAAUUACUUUGACGAACUGCUUGAGAUCUGCCGCACGGAAUACGUAGAUAAGUUGUUCAAAUUGGGCUGCGAUGUUUCGCCGUUCUCGAAGAAAAGCUUUGAAGAGCAGAUGCUUCGAAUUUCGAUGGUCGAACUGGCUCGCGCCAUAAUAGAUAUAAAGUUCAUUACGGCGCCGGUGCCAUUAGAUAAGGAUAUCAGCGAUAUAAAAUCUUCGGUUCUUAUGUCUGGGCCGCAAAAAGAAUAUUACGAUCGAUCGUGGCAGUUUUUUUCGAAAAUCAUUGCUGGACAAAUUGUGAAUAUUAUUUAAGGAUUCCAGUUUGUUAAUAUCACUUUGAAUUAUAAGUAAUUUUUUUGUUGGCUUCGAUGCUGUUGUAAAUUGUGUCACUUAUUAUAUAUCGACUCCUCCUAAUUCUGGAUUAGAUUGUUUCUAGACGUUAGGAUAAUUACUGGACAGUAUUGGUGUAGUUCGACCUACCAUAUAUAAGAUAUGUAUACACUUAUGUAUUGGAAAGUAGUGUUGAAAAAAUACAUUAGAUACGCUUUGAAGUAUUUACAUAAGAUGCACAUUGUAAUAUUAUGGUCAUAUAGAAGGAAUACAAAAUAUAUUUAUAAUCAUGUCUCUUUCAUCUCCAACAUAACAAUACAAAGAAAACGGCACAAAGAAUAAAGAUAAUUCACCUUGCAUUACGUUCCAUUACAACUUUUAUUGCAAUUUUAAAACAAUCAAAGAAUAUAACGAUUUAAGCGCGUAAAGCGUACAGCAGCGACCUUCGCAUAGACCCUUAUCAUGAUUGGCAGGGAGCAUACAAUGAAAAGUGUUCAUAGAAUCGUAUAAGGCUAUAUUCAUUGAAUCCGAAGGUCGCAGCAUACAUUUAUGCCCCUGAAGCCAAUUGCGUAACGUGUUUCAAUAGGCUACACUGCUCCAUUAUACGCAAUCCUGCAGAUGUAUGAGCAAAAAGUCAAGAGAGGAUAAAUAACACCAGUUAGCGCUGACACAGCGAGAGACGGAUCCACGUGCUCGAAGUGUCUGGCCACCGCGACUGUUUUUGUGCGCUUCGGAUUUUUGAAAUCAAGGCUUGCCAGCUUUAUCAGAUAAGCCUUUAGUGCGCGAUUUUAUCGCAAAUAUACACCGUCGUGAGGAAAUAUAUAUAUUGAUAAUCGCCAUCGUGGCUCGCGAGUGUUUGCAUUGGAUUUUCGGAAGUUAAACAACAAAAUGAGUGCAAACGAGCAGCAAGUCGAGCUGCGCGAUCUGCAGGGACUUCUUCGGGAGAACCUCGAUAAGGAUUUAGUGGUCGUCGAUUAUCGGACGUCGAUGCUGCUACCGAAGGGUGAAAACUACGGUAGCACGAUGCUCAAGGUAGACGCUCGGGUAAAGAAAACCAAGGACUCGCCGGAAGAAGAGAUGCACUUCGUCGCGAAGAUGGUACCCACGCACGAGUUUUCGAAAAUGCACAUGAGGAUGACCGCGUCGUUCAACAAAGAGAUCUUCAUUGUUCACAAGUUGAGAGAGAUGUAUCGAGAGCUGGAGAGGAAGGCUGGGGUAAGAGAGGAGGACUUGAUCGAUAUCUUCCCGAAGUUUUACGGUGGAAGACUAAGUAAAAGUGUGGAAAGUCCGGACGUCGUGGACGAAGAUGCGGUGAUGCUGCUGGAAAAUUUGAAAGUUCGCGGGUACGAGACCAUGAAUAGGUUUCACGGUAUGGAUUUCGAUCACAUGCAUUGGACUAUAAAGGAAUACGCGCGUUUUCACGCUCUGGGCACGGCGCUGAGAAUGAAGAAUCCCGAGUUUUGGAAGCUGGCCAGAGAGCCCAUCAACAAGAUGGCUUUCGAUCUUCCAGACAACGAAUUCGAUGACGUAUCUAAACACACAGUCGAACUUCUCUGCUCUGACCCGCGGAUGAACGAGUACAGUGAUCGGAUCAAUCGCGCCUUCUCGGCAGGAAAAAAUUUCGAGUCUUUGAAGAACACAGAAGAGAUCGAGCCGUGGAUUUCCAUUGUACACGGGGACGGUUGGGUCAAUAAUCUGCUCUACCAUCAUGACAAAAAUGGAAAAGUCGACGACGUCAAAAUCGUCGAUUACCAAAUAGCGAGGACUUGCAGUCCACUCAAAGAUCUUCCGUACUUCCUGUGCGCGAGUGGCAGCAUGGAUAUCAUCGACAAUCACUUCGACGAGUUGCUCGACAUCUAUUACGAUAAAUAUGUCGAAGUUUUGGCUAGAAUUGGCUGUGAUGUGUCGGCAUUCACAAAAGAAAGCUUUCACAAGCAGUUGGACAAGGACGGGCAGGAUGAACUGUUUCACUGUAUUCUGGUGCUGAAGAUUAUAACGACGGAGGUUUCUCAGGAGAUGGACAUAGGUGAUAUGAAGUCGUCGUUACUACUGACUGACUCAAAUCAAGUGUUCAUGGAUCGGUCGUGGAGGAUUGUUUCCAAAUUCGUUGAAAAGGGCUGGAUUUAAAGCGUAUAAUUAUAUGUAUUAAUGUAUGUGUACAAUGUACGUAUUGAAACAAUGCAAUUUUGUGAUAACGUUUGUAUAUCAAUAUAGGUUUUGUGUACAUAUAAAUACUCUUUUUAAGAAAAUAAAAUAUUAUUUUAUCAUUCAUCGCAAUAAUCAAA